GGUGUUGUCUCCUAAUGAUAAAGCAUGUUAGCUAACCAAGUAGCUAAAAAAGAUUGAGUUACGCAAGUAUUUUUCAUUUUUCGUCGCUUAUUUAAUGUCAUAAAGAAGGAGUGUGGCUGUACCCAAGCGUCUUGGUGGAGCAUAAAGAGAGACGGAGGAUGAUCGAACCAGAGCUGCUGACUGAGGUCCCUGCUUCACUUAAACGGCUAGCCAAGCAGGUUGUAAGAGGUUUCUAUGGGAUGGAGCAUUCCUUGGCCCUGGAUGUGCUGAUCCGUAAUCCAUGUGUACGGGAGGAAGACAUGCUGGAGCUUCUCAAGUUUGACCGGAAACAGCUGCGCUCAGUACUUAAUACCUUAAAGGCUGACAGAUUUGUCAAGUGCCGCAUGAGGGUGGAGACAGCACCUGAUGGCAAGACAACACGACACAACUACUACUUCAUCAACUACAGGACAAUGGUCAAUGUGAUCAAGUAUAAAUUGGAUCACAUGCGACGGCGCAUUGAGACAGAUGAGCGAGACUCCACCAAUCGCGCUUCCUUCCGGUGCCCUUGCUGCUGCAACACCUUCACCGACCUAGAAGCCAACCAACUUUUUGACCUGAUGACAGGCACAUUUCGCUGCACGUUCUGUCAGACAGAAGUCGAAGAGGAUGAGUCCGUCUGUCCCGAUGCCAGGACGUUGGUGGCUCGCUUCAACGAGCAGAUUGAACCCAUCUAUGCGCUACUACGCGAGACUGAGGAUGUCAACUUGUCCCAUGAACUGCUGGAACCUGAGCCUACUGAGAUCCCUGCUCUCAAAGAGAGCCGUGAACGCGCUGCGGCAGCUGCAGGAAUCGCUGCAGGUCCACACCGUGAGGCUUGGUCCACAAAAAGCUCGUCCUACGCCGACCUAUACACCCAGAACGUGGUUAUCAGCAUGGAGGAGAAGGAUGAGCAACAGAAGCAGGUCAAUGAGGGCAAGCCACCGAAGGAGAGGCCAGUCUGGAUGACCCAGAGCACCGUGCAGGGAGCUUACAGCGAGCCUGACGUCCUCAAGAAUCGUGGAGACAUUGUACCCGAGGCUCAGGAUGGAGCAGCUGGUCACGGUACCGGUCAGGCAGAUGAAAAUGAGGAGGUCAUGCGCGCUCUGCUCAUCCAUGAGAAGAGAGGUGCGACAGCAGCAAGCGGAGGCGGAGCAAGUUCCGCCGCAAAGGGACUCGCGAAGGGACUCGCCUCCGCCACAGCAAACGCCAGCGACUCGGAUAGCGACACCAGUGAAUCGGACGACGACCUUCCCUCCGCACCUCCCCCCGCAGCAGCUGCUCCGCACCGGGCGGUGGAGGAGGACGACGACGACGAGUUUGAGGAGGUAGGGGACGAGCCAGUGGUGAUGGUGGGCGGUCGACCGUUCUCGUACCGCGAGGUGAGUCAGAGGCCAGAGCUGGUGGAGCAGAUGUCUACGCAGGAAAAAGAGGCCUACAUUGAAAUGGGGCAAAACCUCUUCCAGGACAUGUACUUCUGAACACACACACACACACACACUUGCAUACACUUCCACAUGUCACCAUUCUUUGAAUCUACUGUAUAUUUCUGCUGUUAGACGCCGUCCGUGGUGUUAUCAGAGACAAUGUUUUUCUGCAAACUCAUCAAGAGGAAAACAAAGGUGCUGCUCAACAAGUAUUGACAGUCUGCUUCAUUCUCCCGCAUCAGAAAGACAAAUUAUGUGUUUUCGACAGUGUUGCCUAUAUGAUCUCACCUGUAGUAUUUUCUCCUAAGUAUUAUCAAAAGUCACCAAACUGAAAAAGAGGUGGCCGCCCGUUGACAAGAUUGUCUUUCGCAGUCCCAUUUUCGCUUUCCUUCCUCUCUGCGUGUGUACUUGGCUCUGAGAACUGCCAAAAGACAUCCGAGUGCAGAGCAGUUCAGUGGCUCAAUACACUCAAGACAGAGUGAGGGAGCGGCAGCCAUCAGCAGGCUGCUUCACCACCACUAAAGUUUAGUCACAGGACUACAUGUAAAAGCUCAUAUCGUUUAAGAUGAAAGACAAGGGUUUGGUUUGGUCAGUCUGCAGUACAGGAUACGGAAAGACUUCAUCGCACAACAUGAUGAACCUAUUAUUUGCAGAUGUUUGUUAUGGUGACACAAUGUGUGUGUAAGCAAUUUUGAAAUGUUUUGUUUGUAUUCACUUUGGGGAAAAAAAUAAACCAGUUUCUUUUCUAUUA